GAUCUCAAUCCUCAGGUUCCGGGCCUUCCCCCUUCUCUGGCUGAGGAGCUGGGAGUUCAGUCCGGUGCUUCUUCCUAACGCACUCGCUGCUUCUCGCCCAUUCUCCCGCUUUCCGCUCUCGGCCACGCGUGCGCACUCGCCCUCGCUCCGCGCCCGUGAGUCCUAGGCUCGGACUGCUGUCGGCGACCGGUUCACGCGGCCCACAGCUCCCCGCAACCCCAUCUAAGCCGCCCCUCCUCCUCUUCCGGACCCGAGCCGCGGCGCGAGGACCAUGCUCUUCUACUCCUUCUUCAAGUCACUUGUGGGAAAGGAUGUGGUCGUGGAACUCAAGAAUGACUUGAGCAUCUGUGGGACCCUGCACUCAGUGGACCAGUAUCUCAACAUCAAAUUAACAGAUAUCAGUGUUACAGACCCUGAGAAAUACCCUCACAUGCUCUCUGUGAAGAACUGUUUUAUCCGUGGCUCUGUGGUCAGAUAUGUACAGCUGCCAGCAGAUGAAGUUGAUACCCAGCUCCUACAGGAUGCAGCUCGGAAGGAGGCUAUGCAGCAGAAACAGUAGUGACUGUCACCACUACCUGUGUGACAUUUACUCCCCACCUCCCACCUCAGCUCAGGAUCCUUUUUUCAAAGUGAGGGUUUUUUUGGCGGGGCAAGGGGAAUAACAGAAUAGUUGCUAAAAGUGAUAGUGCAGGGGAGGUGUUAUCCCCUGUAGUGACAGGAAGGAUGGAUUGGGGGGAGGAGGGGUGUUGCACAAAGCAUUCAUCUUGUCCUCUUCCUAAACUACUUGUUCCUUUCUCCUUGUUGUAACGGUGAAAAGUGAGUGGAAGGUAAUUGGACUGUCUCCCCAGGAUAGACAUAUAUCUCAAAUUGGGGAAUAAAAAGAAUCUGUCCCACAUCGGGAAUAAAGUUUGAA